UCUUCUUUCUCUCAGGCAGACAGUGGCUGCUCCAGUCCCUCCAAUGUCAAGUUUUUUUUCCAGGCUGUAUUUUCGGAAAUUUUGAUGUACAUACAUACGGAUGUUCUUGAGGUGUGAGGUGCGUACUUCCUUCAGUUUCCAAAAUGGGCACACAAGGAGAGAAGAAAAUGCUGCGUGGGAAAUGGCAUGUGGUGUACCGUUUUGCGCUGUUCACUUGUUUCUUGGACGCAGUCUGGGCACAGAUACGCUACUCAAUCCCAGAGGAACUGGAGCAUGGAGCUUUUGUUGGCAACAUUGCAGAGGACCUGGGCUUGGACUUGGACAAGCUCUCUGCGCGCAGAUUCCGGAUAGUCUCGGGUGCCAAGAAGCAAUAUGUUGAGGUAAAUUUAGAGAAUGGAGUUUUAUUUGUCAAUGAGAGGAUUGACCGGGAAGAACUGUGCGAGCAGAGUUUGUCCUGUUCGUUUCACUUGCAAGUGGUCAUAGAAAACCCACUGGAGCUAUACAGGGUAGAGAUGGAAAUUUUAGACGUGAAUGACAACUCCCCUAGUUUCCCGUGGACCGAGUUUAAUCUGGACAUAUCGGAGUCCGCUGCGCCAGGAUCCCGUUUUCCACUUGAGAGCGCACAGGACUUGGACGUCGGUGCCAACUCGCUCCGCACCUAUUUGCUGAGUGUAAAUGAGCAUUUCUUUCUGGACAUACAGACGCGCAGCGAUGGCAGUAAAUUUGCAGAACUGGUCCUCCAAACCCCGCUGGACAGAGAGCAGCAGAGUACACAUCAGAUGGUGUUAACGGCGGUAGAUGGAGGCGCGCCGGAGAGAUCAGGCACUGCGCAAAUUGAUAUCACUGUUUUGGAUGCAAAUGAUAACGCGCCCGUGUUUGAUCAGUCGUUUUACAGAGUGAGGCUUUCUGAAAACGCACCAAAGGGCACGGUUGUCAUCAAACUCAACGCGUCCGAUUUAGAUGAGGGUCCCAAUGCUGAUAUCACAUACUCAUUCAGUGGCCACGCUCCCAUCAAAGUGCGCCAGCUUUUCAGCGUGGACCCGCACACGGGAGAAAUCAAAGUCAAAGGGGUGAUAGAUUACGAAAAAGCCAGGAUGCAUGAAAUUUAUGUCCAAGCUAAGGACAAGGGCCCGUCUGCCGUGGCAGUUCAUUGCAAAGUUCUGGUGAACGUUUUGGAUAAAAACGACAACCUUCCAGAGGUCAUCUUGACGUCAGUGUCCACACCUGUGCAGGAGGACGCGCCCCCGGGAACGGUGAUUGCUGUCAUCAGCGUAAUGGACAAAGACUCGGGUGAGAACGGGAACGUGGACUGUGAGAUCCCCCACCACGUCCCGUUUCAGCUCCAUUCCUCCUUUAAGAACUACUAUACUUUAGUAACUUGUGAUUUUCUGGAUAGAGAGGCCGUGGCAGAGUACAACAUCACACUUACAGCUCGAGAUAUGGGCUCUCCGCCUUUAUUCACGAGGAAAACAAUCUUAGUUGAAGUGUCUGAUGUGAAUGACAACGCGCCCCACUUCAAACAGCCCUCAUAUACUGUAUAUUUGACCGAGAAUAACGCGCCAGGAGCAUCAAUUUGCUCGGUGACUGCGCUGGAUCCAGAUUCAGGUCAGAACGCAUACCUCUCCUAUUCUAUACUGGAAGGUGACAUACAGGGAAUGCCCGUGUCCACUUAUGUGUCCAUAAACUCAGACAACGGGAACAUUUACGCGCUGCGAUCCUUUGAUCACGAACAACUUAAAAACUUUCAGAUCAUGGUACAAGCUCAGGACGCGGGGUUUCCGCCUCUGAACAGCAACGUCUCAGUGAACAUUUUUAUCUUGGACCAAAACGACAAUGCGCCCGUGAUAGUGUCACCCGUUUCGCAUAAUGGCACUGCGCCCAGCGAGGCAGUGCCCAGAUCAGUUGACGCGGGUUACCUUGUCACCAAAAUAAACGCAGUGGACCCGGACGCGGGUCAAAACUCGCGACUUUUUUAUCAGCUGCUCCAAGCGACAGACCCGAGCUUGUUCAGCAUUGCUCUGUACACAGGCGAAAUCAGGACGAUACGCCAGUUAGUGGAGAAAGACGCCACUAGGCACAGACUGGUCAUUCUGGUGAAGGACAAUGGUCAGCCGCCCCUCUCGGCCACAGUUUCCAUCAUCCUGUCAGUGGUUGACAGCUUGCCAGAUUCGCAGCCCGAUUUGGGCGACCUGUCACUAAGCCCGCAUCACAGCUCCAACUUCACCCUGUACUUAAUCGUGUCUCUGGGCGCAGUUUCCUUCACAUUUCUGGUGGCUAUCAUCGUCCUCGUCGCAGUGCGGAGACUGAAGGGCAGAGCGUCCAACAAAGAGUCCAACUUCCCCGCCGUCAGUCGCUGCUGCUGCUGCUGCUCCCGCUCAGAAAUAUCCACCACCACGGAGGUGUUCAAAAAGUCCAACUUAAACCUCCGGAUGUCCACGGGCGCGUCCGGCUGCGCGGAGGCGAACGGCAACAGCGCGCUCCCUCAAGUGUACUGCUACAAGAUGUGCCUGACGCCAGAGUCGUCCAAAAGCGACUUCAUGUUCCUCAAGCCGUGCAGCCCGGUUAUGUCAGUUCAGCAGAACAACGCCAAGAGCACAGAUUACCUGACUUCUGGCUGGAGCGCACUGGACCGUAACGAGCUGUCCAACAACAGAGCGGCAACUCCAAACGAGAUUAAGUACUCAAACAAGGACUGGACGUGGACCAAGAACCAACACAAUUCGGCAUAUAAGAGGUAUAGCUCAGCGAAUAUGGAAGGCACGCUAUCGCGCCCACAAAAAUACGACAGUGAUGGCUUUUCUUGCUCCGUGGCGCCACAAUACUGGACCUGGGGAAACCACAUGAAAGACUGCAAGUUAUCUCUUCAAGAGGCAGCGGUUCCUAACUACUCAUGGACGCCGAAGUACACUCAGCCCCACUCUGAAGCGCCAGACUACCAGCACAACGUCUAUAUCCCCGGCACCACAUCCGGCUACAGCACCCUAAAGCCGGCACCCAGGGGAGAACUGGACAUGUACAACACCUUCUCCACUUUCGGGAAGAAAAAGAGAUUCAUCUCAAACUAUGAACAGUCCUUUGAUGAUGGUAUCAUAAGCAAUUCCAUCUUUAAAUAACACGUUGUAUUCCUCUGUGUUGGAGACGUGAGGACAGUACUCAAAAGUUGUUUGUGUUCUGGUAACUUUUUCUGUAGCUGCACCUUUUAAGUCUCGUAGGGACAGCUGUAGCGAGCGCGCUGCUGUUUGUCAGAGCUGUGAACUAACUAACCGUGCUAGCAAUAAACUUUACACUUCAUAGCCUUCAGAAUAGAGGUUUCGAUCAAUAGUUGACACGAAAAGUAAAGCUAACUUUUUCUGCGCCAGGACUAAGGCCCUCUGCUGGCAUUGUUACUCACAAUUGGACUUUGGCGGGAUAAUCAAACUGUGUUAACUUGCAAUCUUCCAAUCAGUUUGACUCCAAUCACGCCUGAGUCCAUUUACUGCGGUGAUAGGCCACAUUUAGUAACAAGUCUGAAAUCCAGGUGUAAUGCACGAGCAGCGCAAAACAGAGAGGUCACAGCAGCAGCACAUAUUCAUUUAAAACGAAGAAAAUGUGAUAUAAAAAAUAACAUUAAUGAGUGCAGCAAGGCAGACUGUGUUGUCCUGCUCCACUGACGGAUGGUGUUAUACAGCAUCACAGUCAAGGAUCGACCUCUUUGUCUUGUGCAGUAGACGAUCAUACUGACUCAUCACAUUGAAGUGUUGACGACGUUACGAAGGGCAAUGACACAGGUGACGUGUUUAGCUUCUGCAAAUGGCAUACACCUCUAAGAGAUGGGAUAAAGACAUAACGGGUUACACACAUUCCAGAUUUGUAUUUUUCAUUAGGUUUGCAAUCUGUAUAUUGACAGAGGUUAGUUAUGCAUUGUAGGACUGAUCAAUCUGUAUAUAGUGUAUAUAUUGAUAUCAAUAAAUCUGCCCUUAACUA